AUGGCCGCCGCCGCCAACGACCGCGCCGCCGCCGUGCGCGAGCUGCUGCGCCUGGGCGCGCGCCCCGACCUGCAGGAGCGCUACGCGGGCGCGGCCACGGCGGCGGCGGCGGCGGGCGUGCACCCGCUGGAGGCCAUGCAGCGGCGCGAGGACGAGUUCUGCGCGAGCAUGAACGCGCGCGCGUCGUUCCUGGGCUGGACGGCGCUGCACUACGCCGCGCUGGCCGACUCGGCCGGCGCCGCGCGCGCGCUGCUCGAGGCCGGCGCCGACCCCACCACGCGCGACCACGCCGGCCGCCGAGCGUUGCACUACGCGCGCGACCCCUCGCCCGCGCGCGACCUCAUCCUGCAGCACACGCGGCGGUGGGAGCAGGCCGCCGCGGCCGCCGCCGCCGAGGAGCGCCGCCGGUUCCCGCUGGAGCAGCGCCUCAAGCAGUACAUCGUCGGGCAGCAGGCGGCCAUCGAGACGGUGGCGGCGGCGGUGCGGCGCAAGGAGAACGGCUGGGCGGACGAGGAGCACCCGCUCGUGUUCCUGUUCCUGGGCAGCUCGGGCAUCGGCAAGACGGAGCUGGCCAAGCAGCUGGCGCGCUACAUGCACCGCGACGACCCCGCCGCCUUCAUCCGCCUCGACAUGUCUGAGUACCAGGAGAAGCACGAGGUGGCGAAGCUGAUCGGCGCGCCGCCCGGCUACGUGGGCCACGAGGAGGGCGGGCAGCUGACGCGCGCGCUGGCCCGGCGCGCCGACGCCGUGGUGCUGUUCGACGAGGUGGACAAGGCGCACCCCGACGUGCUCACCGUGCUGCUGCAGCUGUUCGACGAGGGCCGGCUCACUGACGGCAAGGGCAAGCUGAUCGAGUGCAAGAACGCCAUAUUCGUGAUGACGUCCAACCUGGCCGCGGACGAGAUCGCGCAGUACGGGCUGCAGCUGCGAGGCGAGGCCGAGGCCAGGGCUGCCCAGCGCGCGCGCGCCUCGCCGCUGCCCACCGCCGACCACAAGGUGGAGGCGCGCGACAAGGCGCCGGUGCCGGUGGCGGACGAGGCGUCUGAGCCGCUGGAGGUGUCGCGGCACUUCAAGGACAGCGUGGUGCGGCCCAUCCUCAAGCGGCACUUCGGGCGCGACGAGUUCCUCGGCCGCAUCAACGAGAUCGUGUACUUCCUGCCCUUCUCGCGCCAGGAGCUGCUCACGCUGGUCAGCCUGGAGCUCAAGCGCUGGGCCGACAAGGCGCGCGCGCGCCACGCCGUCGAGCUGCGCUGGGAGGGCGGCGUGCUCGGCUGCCUCGCCGACGGCUACGACGUGCACUACGGCGCGCGCUCCAUCAAGCACGAGGUGGAGCGGCGCGUGGUGAACCAGAUCGCGCUGGCGGCCGAGCGCGGCGCGCUGGCCCGCGGCUGCAGCGUGCUGCUCACCGAGCGCGCCGGCCGCGUGGCCCUCGCCGUGCGCUGCCCGCCCAGCCCCGACUACACGCCCGUCGACCUGCACGCCGCAUGAAGACGAAUGAAGCCCCUAAAACAAAACAUCGUAAGGGUGAAGCUGUCAUUCCGAGCUAGCGCCAGCCUCCCCGGCGUGACGUCACCGUGCUGGACCGGGUACGUCACUCCUUGUUACCGACGACCGCGAAUUGACCAAAGAACGCACCGGUCUAUAUUUUAUUAGGUUAUUACGUAACUCAGUAGCCGCAUAAUAUAUUCUUAUUCAGAAA